GGGUUUAUUCAUGAGCGCGCGGGUCUCAAUCCGCGCCCGGCGGCUGAACGGCCGCGCCCCCAACCCCGCGCCGGUGCGCCGGAGCGCGGUCGUGAUCGAGGCGGCCAAAGGUAGGAACGCUAAACUGGCGGGUCGCAACAAGAAGGCUCAGUCGAUCGAGGACAACAAGUGGCGCGAGGGAAUGGAGGCGGCGGCGGCCGAGCGCGCCGACAAAAAGAAGGCGGAGCCCAAGCAGUCGGGCCUCAAGUACAGCAAGCGGGGCAAGGUGUCGUCCCAGCCCGGUCAGGUUUCCAAGGCGGCGUUGAAGCGAAUGAAGCUCGAUCUCGAGGAGAAGAAAGCCAACGACGCGGUGUCGGCCGAGCGGAUGGAGGAGAAGCGGGCGCAGUACCAAGCCGCGUCCGCCAAGGGCAUCCCGCAGGUGGUCACCGACAGGAUGCUCAAGCGAAUCACCAUCUUCAGCGGCGUGCCCCUCCUCCUGGGUUUCAGCACCGGCCCGCUGUUCUACCUGGGUAAGACGGUGGCGCACUUCGACCUGGCGCCGUGGCAGUUCUUCUUCGCGUCCACCGCGACGUUCGGAGCCGCGCUCGUCGGCAUCACCUACGGCGUGCUGAGCGCGUCUUGGGAGCCCGGGCGGGAGGGAAGCUUCUGGGGCGUCACCGAGGUCAAGGCGAAUAUACCGAUCCUCUGGCAGACCAUACUGGGCAAGGCUGGAGGAAACAUCGAGACGCAAUGGGAAGACGAGUGGGACGACGGGAGAUGAGGGACGGUGACGACAUAGACGACGAUGACACUCGAUGCGAUGUCG